AUGUACACAAUAACGGUCCCUGAUUUAACUUUCACUGCACCUUUUACGCUCACUUGCAAGAGGAAUGACUAUAUCCAAGCGUUGGUUACGUUCUUUAACAUUGAUUUCACUGCCUGUCACAAACCUACUGGUUUUUCAACAGGUCCUGAUGAGCGCCGCUACACUCACUGGAAGCAAACAGUUUUCUAUCUUGACAAUGGUGACGAUGACUGUCUGACAGUCAAGAAAGGUGAACAAAUAAAUGGUGUGAUGUCAAUCAAACCAAAUGCUCGAAAUAACCGUGACCUCGAUAUCAAUGUGAAAGUGGAAUUCGAAGGAGAACUUUCCUCGAUUGAUGCCACGUUCAACUAUCGAAUGCGCUGA